CAUUAACACAUGUAGAGAAACUAACACUUACCUACACGAUGUCACAACAUAGAUUCAGCAACUCUGGGUCAUCGUGUUCUCAGACAUCCUGAUUAGGAAUAACAGCAUUUUUUUAAAUAUCAAAAUUAAAAAUUACAUCCCUCAGGAAACAUAACGUAAAAUUUGUUACCUGUUGAGUAUUUAAUGUGAGGAUCUGUAUUUGCUCCUUGAUAAAUUUGGAGGACAUAUAUGCCAAAGGUCAAAGCAGACUUUUAGUAUUCAAAUUACUUGGAAGCACAAUUUGAGAAUUGUUCGCUACCCAUGUUAAAUUUAUAUUACAACCAUGGUAAAAAUACAGAUUUCCUUUUUUUUUUUUUUUUUUUUUUUUUAGCUGCAGUAAGCCAACUUAUAGAGUGUUUUGUUUUGGGGGUUUUUUGUGUUUGUUUUUUGUUUUUUUGCUAAUUUCCUCACAGGAAAUAUUGUUAACAGGGAGUCUAUGUCAUGUGUUAAUUAUAGCAUUGAGUCAUGGGUUUUCAUGACAGACAAUACUAAAACGAAACUUCUCUGGCUGUCAUGUAUGCCAUUUGGAAAGAUGUGGUUGAGAUUACUUCCCCUUAAAUCACAAACCAACUGACCAAUCAGAUCAUUUUAAAAUUGUUCCCACCCAUUUCACAGUUUCCUCCCAAUAGACAGUCACAUUAAGAUAAAUCAUACUGCAGUAUGAUCUAAUUUAACUUCUUUUCAGUUAACCAGACAAUGUUGCUCAUAUUUUGUCUCUCUCUCGUGUUCACAACUGGACGUAAGUAUGCAUACUCAGAUCAAUUGUACAUCUCUUAAGUUUCAAUUACUGUUGGCUUGUUACUGUAACUGUUGUCUAAUUGUAUAUUCAAAUUGUUUAUUAGGUUGCACAGACAUCCAGAGCUUUGUAACAAAGACUGUUGGUGUUGGAGAAGAUGUGACUCUAACAUGUAUCCGUAACUCUGGAUCGGGGGGAUUGUUAUUUUGGUUCAGAGUUGUUGCUGGAAACUUGCCUGAAGUUUUGGGAGCAACUUAUACCUUUGACAGUGGCACAUUCAAUGAGACUCCUCGCAUCAUAGCAAAACAAGAGCCUGGAACAUUUAUUCUGCAUAUUACCCAAACAAAGCUGAGCGAUACUGCCUUUUACUACUGUGAAGAAAUAGUUGAACUACGAACAACAUUAAUGAAUAUCAGCUUUCUGGCAGUCAAAGGACCAGAAGCUGAUAUCACUGCUGUCAUUCAAGAUGUUCCACCCGAGCAAGUCCAUCCAGGAGACCCAAUGACUCUGCAGUGUUCAGUCCUUUCUGAGUCUAAGGAGAAAACAUGUUCAGAACCACAAAGGGUGUUCUGGUUCAGAGCUGGAUCAGAUGAAUCUCAUCCCAGUUUAAUUUAUGUUCAUGGAAACAAUAGUGGUAAAUGUGAGAAGAUGUCUGAGUCUCGUUCUUCACAGAAAUGUGUCUACAGUUUCUCCCAGGACGUCACCUCCUCUGAUGCUGGGACUUUUUACUGUGCUGUGGCCACAUGUGGACAGAUAUUGUUUGGAAAUGGGACAAAGCUGGAAAUUGAAGCAGCCAACAUCUCAGCAAAUUGUGAUUCAGGGAGUGUCAAUACAAUUAUGUUACUGUUGUGUGCUGCUUUGGCCCUCAGUUUGAUUGUCAUAGCCUUACUGGUUUAUACCAUCAAGAAAAAUAAGUAUGGCUGCUUCAAUGUUGCUGCAGCCCCACAAAUAAAUGCUACGGUAACCAGUGGUGUUCAACAAAGACAACCAACGGAAGACUCAUUGGUUUAUUCUGCAGUAAAUUUUACAAGAAAAAAUGCCGGCGUAAGGAGGGCUGCAAGAGUAGUUGAAGGAGAGAGCACCUACACUGAUGUCAGGGUUUUGGGGUAUGAAUAGUAACAUACACACUGAAGGUCUGGAUUAAUGUUAGUAUCAUUUAUGUAUGUUACGUGUGAAUAUUUAGACAUGUUAAAUUUUGUGACAUAGUAAAAGUUUUUUUUGAGUGACAUAAAUGCCUGUUUUUAUACAUUUGGAUCAGAUUUUUAUGGUAUUAAUUUUGUGUGUUUCAGAGUUUUGUUCGAGUCAUUUUUUGCAAAGUCAUUGUUGUUUAAACAUCUCUUUUGUAGGUGCUAGAUUUUAAAGAUAAACUUGAUGUCAAAAAAGAAAGAAUUAAAGUGUUGUAUUAAUAAUGAUGUAAUAAAUGGAUUGCAAUGUUA